GCGGUGUGAGGCGGAGGGACCGUCGGGGGGCGCCGCCGCGGCCGCCGCCUCCACCAGCAGCACCAGCCGCGCCGCGCGUUCGGAUUUGCCUCGAGCCCUCCGAGAGCGCACCACAAAGCGGGCCCCGCGUCUUUCCGUCCGCCCGCGGCCCCUCAGCACUCGGCUCCGAGGCCAACUUCCCUCGCGGGGCUUGGUUGGCUGGCGAGGAAGGCGGCGGCAGAACGCUGGGCUCUCUGCUCGCGCUCCUCGCGUACGCACACUUCACCCCCUCGCUCCGUAUCUCGGGGCCGUGCUGGGAUUGCGGUCACCAGCAAUUGUCCGGAGAUAAUGCAAAAGGUGUCCCAAGGCUCCUGACCAGUGAACAAAGAUUUGAGAAAGACAGCCAAGCUCAUGUUUUCUCCUGAUCAAGAAAAUCAUCCAUCCAAAGCACCAGUAAAAUAUGGUGAACUCAUUGUCUUAGGGUAUAAUGGAUCGCUCCCAAACGGAGAUAGAGGAAGAAGGAAAAGUAGGUUUGCUUUGUUUAAAAGACCUAAGGCAAAUGGGGUGAAGCCCAGCACUGUGCAUAUUGCUUGUACUCCUCAGGCUGCAAAGGCAAUAAGCAACAAAGACCAGCACAGCAUAUCAUAUACCUUAUCUCGGGCCCAGACGGUGGUGGUUGAAUAUACUCAUGACAGCAACACUGAUAUGUUUCAGAUUGGUCGGUCGACUGAAAGUCCCAUUGAUUUUGUAGUAACUGACACAGUUCCUGGAAGCCAAAGUAAUUCUGAUACACAGUCAGUGCAAAGCACUAUAUCAAGAUUUGCCUGUAGAAUCAUCUGUGAACGGAAUCCCCCCUUUACAGCACGGAUUUAUGCUGCAGGAUUUGACUCAUCAAAAAAUAUCUUUCUUGGGGAGAAGGCUGCCAAGUGGAAGACAUCAGAUGGGCAGAUGGAUGGUUUGACCACUAAUGGCGUUCUUGUUAUGCAUCCACGCAAUGGGUUCACAGAAGACUCCAAGCCUGGAAUAUGGAGAGAAAUAUCAGUGUGUGGAAAUGUAUUUAGCCUGCGGGAAACCAGAUCAGCUCAGCAGAGAGGAAAAAUGGUGGAAAUUGAAACCAAUCAGUUACAAGAUGGCUCAUUAAUUGACCUCUGUGGUGCAACAUUGCUGUGGCGUACUGCAGAAGGCCUUUCCCACACUCCUACAGUGAAGCAUUUAGAAGCUUUAAGACAGGAAAUCAAUGCAGCACGACCUCAGUGCCCUGUAGGGUUCAACACCCUAGCAUUUCCUAGUAUGAAGAGGAAAGAUGUUGUCGAUGAAAAACAACCAUGGGUGUAUCUAAACUGCGGCCAUGUGCAUGGCUAUCAUAACUGGGGAAACAAAGAAGAACGUGAUGGAAAAGAUCGUGAAUGUCCCAUGUGUAGGUCUGUUGGUCCCUAUGUCCCUCUGUGGCUUGGAUGUGAAGCUGGAUUUUAUGUGGACGCCGGCCCUCCAACCCAUGCGUUCAGCCCAUGUGGGCAUGUGUGUUCAGAAAAGACAACUGCCUAUUGGUCCCAGAUCCCGCUUCCUCAUGGUACUCAUACUUUUCAUGCAGCCUGCCCCUUUUGUGCACAUCAGUUGGCUGGUGAACAAGGCUACAUCAGACUUAUUUUCCAAGGACCUCUAGACUAACAGACAGUUGUCCUCCAGGACUACAUUAUAAAUUUAUAAGCUAAGUGAGUUGGGUUUUCCAACCUGUUGUCCAUGUCACAGUUUCUCUGCUCUGGUCAUUUGCAUUAAGAUGAAGAAUUUUUUUAAACAUUUAUAAUAAGUAGUAACAAUUUCUGAUCAAAAAAUCUGGGAAACUCAAGAAAAAGAAUUUCUGAAAGUACCAGACUUUGAAUUCUGAGUUUUGAAAAUAUAUUUUGAGGAUAAAAAAUGCAAUCUAUAAUUUGUUGCCUUCCUUUUAGUGUUUUUGAAUCACCCAUCCUCAGUGUUGGAAAAUUGUUUUUAUAUAACUGAGGGUACUGUUGGUUCAAACUAUGUUAGUUUACAGUUUGUUGCAAACAUUGUAAAAUACAGCAACAUGUAUAUUAACUUUUUUCUAUUUAUCUUUAUUAUAGAAAAAUCUUAGAAUGUUCUUGAUAGAGUAGCAUGGUAACGAUGGUGUCACACUUUCGGUGUGAAUGGUAGUUUAGCGAGCAUAGCUCAAGGAUUUACAAGCUUAGAAGGACAAGAGAGCCUCUCUCCCUGCCCCCUUCUAAAUAUGGAAUUUGGUAAAUUAAAAUACUUUGUAAAACCAAAUUCAUAUUAAUUAUUAUUGUGUAAGAGCUGUUUGUUUUUAACCACAUUGAAUAUAAUCAGGAAAGUUUUUUUUCUUAAUGUUCUCUCAAGUGUAGUAUAUAACAAAAACUUAAUGCUAAGAAACAUUUUAUAUGCUCCUUUGAAUAUGCAAUUUAAUCUAGAUUAUCUAUUUUUCUCCCAUGAUAACUAAUCUGUUUUUAGUACCAGCAACAUUUGGCAAGUUUAUUUUUUAGAUAUAAACUGUGGUUCAUCUGUUCACUGUUUCU